AUGUCCAUAUCCGGUACCUACAUCGAGGAAGAUGGUUUUGGGCUUGUGCCCAGACCUAAACGUAACAAGCAUAACAGACCAUUCGAAAUUGUUAGAAGAUAUACACUGACCAACAAACACAAAGCAUCGGUGCAACUGAUAUCCUGGGGCGCUGGAAUUCAAUCCGUGAAAAUUCCAAACAAAUCGGGCAUUUUAGGCGACGUCGUUUUGGGCUUCGACGAUAUAGAGGGAUAUUUGGAGAACAGGUACAUAGGAAGCAUAAUCGGGCGAGUGGUGAAUCGAAUCUCGAGCGGUAAAUUUCGAAUGAACAAUAAGAAUCACGUCUUGUCGACCAACGACAGGGAUGGCUCGAGUCACUUCAAUGGCGGACAUUUUGCAUUCGACAACAUCAACUGGCAGUCUCACGUAUUACGCAAACAUGUGGUAAUGUCUCAUUUGAGCCGAGCAAACAGCGAGGGAUAUCCGGGAGAUAUGUUAACGCAGGUAAAAUACUCCUGGACGGAUGAUAAUCAACUUCACAUUAACAUCCGUGCAACUGCGACUCAACCGACACCUGCUAACAUCACUACAAAUUGCUUAAUGAAUCUUGCAGGACACGCUACUGGUCCUAGCGAAUUGAAGAAACACGUGGUGUCCAUCAACGCCGGAAGUUGGACGUUUGCGGACAUAAAAGACAAUUUGCCGACAGGUGCUAUACAUCCUGUCGAUAGUACAGUGUUCGACCUACGCUUACCGACUCAGUUGACCAAGAAACAGCUUUACAACGUACCGGGUGGUGGUUACAACCAGAAUCUCUGCAUCACCAGCCCCAGCUGCUGGUCUUAUCGUUUUCACGCUAGAGUUUUGCAUCCUGCUUCGGGAAGAACCUUGGAAAUAUAUUCCAAUCAGCCAGGCUUACAAUUCUCCACUGGAAACGAUUUGCCAGAUCCCGAUCUCGAAAUUUGGGGAAAAGACGGUGUUCGAUAUCGAAGACACGGUGGAUUCGUUUUAUCGCCACAAAACUACCCCGACGCCAUCAACAUAUGCGAUUUCCCAUGCAGCGUGCUUUAUCCCGGUAAAGUUUACGCGCACGACAUAACGUACAAGUUCGGUUUGCUCUCAGAAAUAUGA